CUGUAAACCACCAACAUGAAGGUCUCAAUUCUCACUGCAGUAUUUGCUGCGACAGCUGAAGCGGCAGUCCGCGGAAAGAGGCAAUCCGGAAACCCCGAUGUCAGCCAGUGCGGACUGGACGCAUUCGAAGGCCGCACGUCCGAAGCAUUGCUUUUCUGUUCCAACAUCUUGAGGUCAGGAACGGCCACCACUACUGUAACCAAUGGAUUCACGAGAACGACGACUACGACGGCCACGACCACGGUGACUAUUUCGCCUUCAGCCACCCCUAAGCCAACACCAACACCAACUCCUACACCAACUUCUUCUACUCCUGUACCACCAUCUUCAUCCUCCACCCGCAUACCGCCAUCGUCAUCAUCUAUUCCCUCUUCUACAACACCAUCCUCGACGCUAGUCUCCUCGACUCUUGUGUCAAGUCCUUCCCCUACACCCACUGGACCACCCAGCUGCGGCAUCGCAGCCUACGUCAAAGUAACCCCAGCCUACUACUUCGAAUCAAGCGGCACAAAAAACACUUUCGACGCCUGCAGCGCCCUCUGCAAAGCCGACUCCAAAUGCAAGAGCUUUGGCUACGGCGAAGCAAACUGCAUGCUCUUCGACGUGACUGUCUCCGAAAACACAAACCUCAACCCAACAUCCCCAUACACCUUCUACGACUCCUCUUGCCCGUCCGAAAUCCCCCUGCGCAAGCGCUCCCCUCAACUCAACAUCUCCAUCGGCUUGCCCGGCGGCAUUGGUAUCUCGCUUGGCCUGGGUAAUGCAGGUGUCUCAUCUGCAUGCUCGUGCCUUAUUACUAGUGGCCCGGCUAGGACGACGGUGACGAGAACGGUGAGCAGUGGAACUACGAAGACGAGUACGGCUGUCAGUACGGUUACGACGACGAAGGCAGCGGCGAAGUGAGAAGUUCGGGAAAGGGGGGAGACGAAAUAAAUAGAUAGGAAUUGAGUAUCAUUGUGAUGU